AUGGAUCCACGCGAUCGGAAGAAAAAACCGCGUUCAUUGCUGACGGCUUCCUGUACCAAUUUACGUGUCUGCAAGAAGAAGAUGGGUUAUAAACCCGAUAUGAUUAUGCAAGCUGUCCGUGAAGGAAAUACGCCGUUGGAAUUUGGUGCUUCACAUGAAGUACCGCCAGCACGUCCAUCGCCUGCGACGCGGCGGUAUAUUCAAUGGCGUUUUGCGCUCCAUGUCCAACAACAAGAGGAACGUCGACAGCAUCGUACACGACGUGAAGGGCACGGUGAUGAAUCAAGCAGAAGAAGCGUGUCCAAAUAUUUCUGA